AUGCAUUCGCGGACGUUACUUCUAUUAUCAUGGGCGGUAUUCACUCUCGCCGCAUUACCGUCGACCACUGACUUCGACCACUUGGACCCUAAGGACAUAAUCGAGCGAGAUGUAGCUAUCAUUGGUGGUGGCUCAGCAGGAACAUAUGCUUCCAUCAGCCUCAAGGACAAAGGUAAGUCUGUCAUCGUGAUCGAGAAGAAGAACCGCAUCGGGGGCCAUACGGAAACAUACAUCGAUCCCGCGACCGGAAAACCGAUAGAUAUGGGUGUGGUGAUAUUCCACAACCUCACCAUUGUCCGGAACUACUUUGCGCGGUUCGAUGUUCCCCUCAUCACGGCGGGCUCGGACUUGGGAUCAAGCUCUGACUCCGUCUCUGCAAACUACGAUCUACGGACGGGCGAAGAAGUCAAGAUCAUGACUCCAAGCCAGGCGAAUAUAUCUGCUGCAUUCGCCACAUAUGCUCAAUUCCUGGAGAAAUACCCCCGCUUGAACGACGGCAUGUUCCUUCCCCACCCUUUGCCCAACGAGCUUGUUAUGCCAUUCGGCCAGUUCGCAAAGCAGUACGGAAUUGAAGACGCCGUCGCUACGAUGUUCAUCUAUAACGCUGGUCUCGGCGACAUCCUCACCGUCCCUGCUAUCGAGAAUAUACGAGUAUGGGGAAAAAGCCUCGUGCAGCAGCUCUCGGGCGGCUUCCUCACUACCGCCCACCAUAAUAACAGCGAACUCUAUUCCAAAGCCCAAGCCGAGCUCCUUUCCGCACGCAGCCUCCUCCUGUCCUCGGAAGUCACUUACUCCUUUCGCCGCGCCUCCGGCAUAACCCUCAUCGUACAAACCCCCGAAGGCCGCAAACUCGUCAAAGCAAAAAAACUGCUCAUCACCAUCCCGCCCAGCCCCGAUCUCCUCCAAGCCUUCGACCUCUCCCGCCGCGAGCGCAGCACAUUUAGCAAAUUCAUAAACACCGGCUACUACACCAGCAUCCUGCGCAGCACCGGCCUCCCGGACAACCUCAGCAUCACCAACGCCCGUCUCGACACCGCGUACAAUCUUCCCACCCUCCCGGGCCUCUACAGCAUCGGCCGCACCGCCGUCCCCGGCCUUAAAAUUGCAUAUUACGCGACCCCACGCUCGACCUCGACGUUUCCGCUGUCCGACGCCGACGUGAAGGCGAACAUCAUCGCCGCGUUCAAGAAGCUGCAGCGGGCAAACCCAGACAAAUUCAAGAAUGAAGAGCCGCGCUUCGUGGCGUAUAGCUCGCACUCGCCGUUCUACCUACAAGCACGACCGGAAGACAUCAAGAGAGGGUUUUAUGAGACGUUGUAUGGACUUCAAGGGGAGAGGAAUACGUAUUGGACGGGUGCGGCAUGGAGGGCACAUGAUAGCAGUGAUAUCUGGCGGUAUACAGAAGAGGAGGUGCUGCCGGGGUUGAUCGAGGGGCUGUAA